AUGAAGCAAGAAAAAUUAGCUAUGGCUGUUCAUAAGUAUAUUCAUCUGAAAGACGCGUCGGAGUACUGUAGACGACAUGUACUCCCGUCCGUGUUUCUUGGCAGACAUGUCUUGGAUACCAACUCGCACGUUUUACACUUUUCUAGAUUAGAUCUGCCAUAUAGUUGUUCUAUUAGCGUCAGGGCUGAAUCUGGCAGUAAUAUAAUUCUAGUAAUUAAGUCCGUAUCUGGUAAAAGCCUAAUGAAUUCUUGUACUAAGAACCAUCACCAGUUACUGGUGUACGAAAUUGGGGAAACGUUUGGAGGCUAUUGGGCUGCACUACCUGAUUCUGUAAUGCGACAAGAAGUAAACAAUUUUACGGAAUUGUAUACUUUAAAAGCUACUAAACCAACCACAACUACUAUGGAUUACAGUUCUGAAAACGAAAACGACGAUACAUUCGAACCGUUAACGGAAAAGGUAAAGUUAACAGAAAAUACAAACAGCGCUACUAACGGUGAUUAUAUUCGAGUAGAAGUACCAUUAGUUAAUGUUUCUGGAAAGUUCUCAAUUGACGAAUUUCAACCACAAAAUAUUGACGAAAUAUUUGAUAUAAAUAAUGACCUCACACCAAGGGAAGGAGUCAUUUAUGAUACAAGCAUAUUACCUAUAGUACAAUUCUCAAUAUCAGCGCCAAAAGGCAGUUUACAUAAUGAAAUUACUACUGAAGACAUGAAAUUCAUAUUGGGUUACCGAUCUGGAAUCUAUACGCCGGAUUCCCGUACAAAAAUAGUAACUGGUUCGAUGGUUAAUCACGAAUCAUGGGAGAAUAUUGUUCAAGCUGCACCAGUGAUGGCUAUUCUUUUAAAUAAAACAUUACCUGAGGAUAACACUGAAAGUGCAGAUAAUACAUUUAGAAAAGAAUUAAACAGUACAGUGAAAGUAGGAACAGAAUAUCUUCGUAAGAAGCGGUACAUACAACCAUUAGAAAUAAAUAAUGCGCGUCCUCGAGUUUUCACCCCUACGAGACCUUACAAUUCUUCUAAUAAAAGUGUUGAUAACUUGGUGGAUAUGCAAGAUAUAGCCCACUUAGUAGAAAUGAAAAAUGAUGAGAUGGAUGGUCAUGUAGCCCUUCGAUACAUGCGAAAUUACGUUGGACCAGUAUUAUUCAACAUUUGCGACUACAAGGAGUUACAAACUCGUCGCGUUUACCUCUUCAAUACUUCGCGAAUCGUUAUUGCGAUCAGCAACUUUACGUUAGAAAAAAUGACGUUGAUAAUGACACCAGCACGUACCUUGAGGGACAAAGAAAAAAGCUGCCCAGAAGCCCAUCUCGAGUGUCAAAUAUCCGGCGCUCGUGUUUGCAUCGACUCUCUGAGCGCUUGUGACGGAAUCCCCAACUGCGGAUCUUACGACAUUUACGACGAAGACCGCCUGAUGUGCGGAGAACCCUCCGGUCUCCAGCACAACGUGUACCUUGCUGCAUGUACAUUUCUGGCCUUACUCCUCACUCUGCUAUACACAGUUCAUUAUUGGUUAAAGCGCUGCGUGCCACGAGUUUCUGAAGCUUUUUUCAUCUACACCGAUCGAUCUGAAAAUAUUUUAAAUCUGGAGACCAUCAUGAGAAGUCCAAAUGAUGACGAAGAUGAUUCCAAGAUAAUAUACGGUGGCCACUUUUUUGAAGACGAUGAAUUAGAUAUAGAUAAUGACGAUAAAUUCAAUCAGAAUUUUUUCAAAAAAGUAUGGAAAUUAUGUUUAGGCAUUUGCUUAAAGAAUCAACCGAAAAAGGAUGAAGACGAAGAAACUUCUGCGGUUCGCCCACCACCAAAGCGAAUAUCUUCUUUCGCGGAGUUAGAAUUAAGCAAGAUAGGACCUAAAAGAGCCUUUGAUGUAUAUGUGCAAACUGAGAACAGUUCAGAACACGCUUUUAUUAAUAAAAUAAAGAUUCAAAAUAUGGAAUGCAAAGAAUUAUUUCACACAGAUGAGAACGAAAAACUAAAAAAAGACAAAAAUGCAAUAAAGCGAAAACACACAGAUGAGUUGAAUAUUUUAAAGUUUAUGAAGGAAUCGCGAUCCGAUUCUAUACAGUCUGAUCCAGUAAAUGAAGGCUCUAAACUUCUAAAUAGUUUUAAUAAGAAUUUGCAGUUAGAACAUGAUGACGAAAAGGAAUUAUUAAGUACUAUAUAUGAACCUCAAAGUUCUGGUUCGCGUAAGAUUAAUUCCGCUAAAGUUAUAACGCGCUCUGAUGUAAAUUCGGAGAAGAAACCAACCGUUCAAAAACAUUUGCGUUUUGACGAAGCAGCAACUACAAUACCUUCUGUUAAUACUGAUGAAGAAAUCUUAGACGGAGAUGAGAAAUACAGAAAACCACAUGUGGUUCUUGGUACUGAGAAAUUACGCUAUUCAGGUACCAUGAACAAGCUUGAGCAACAGGGUUUUAGUUCUGGGAGAGAAUUUAUGCGUUUUUGGAGCGGAAACAAAGUUAAGAAAUCUAAAAAGAAGAAGAAUGUAACUACACAUUAA